CUCUCUCUCUCUCUCUCUAUAUAUAUAUAUAUAUAUAUAUAUAUAUAUAUAUCUCUUUUUAUCUUCCUGUUUUCCUUCCCUCCCCCCCUCUCUAUAUCUCUUUCUUACCUCUUUUCUUAUUUCUCCUACUGACAAACCCGUCAGACAAAACGUGGAAUAUCAUCCGUCCCGCUAACCUUCAGGAUCUAGACGUGGCCGAAAACAAGAAGCCAUCUCUCCUCGAGUAUUUCUUACAGGAGAAGCGAUAUCGUUAGUAUCUGGGAGCUUUUAUCGGCUGAUGUGACGAAUAUAGAAGAAGUGUAGUAGUCGGUGAUGUCUUCUUGGUAGAAAGAAAACAAAAAAAGAAAAAAGAAAAGCAAGAAAUAAAGAAAGAAAAAAAGAAAGAAAGGAAGGGAGAAAAGAAGGAAGACAGAAGAAGACCGAAAAAAAGAAGAAAAAGAAAAAAAAUAAUCAAGGAGAAGAAGGAGGAAGAAGAGAGAUUGGUGAGGCGAUAGAUGCACCCAAGAGAAGAGGGAAAAAAGGAGGUGGUGGUCCUGCCGCAGCGAAGGCAGCAUCGUUUUCUUUGUCGUCGAAGUGGUGCCGGUAGUAUCGGUAGUGCUGGUGCUGUUGGUGCCGUUGGUGGUGGUGGUGCCGAGUAAGAAGAAGGACGUCGUCUUUGAAGGAACGACCUGGAGCGGCGGGCGGAGGGGGAGGUGGAGGUGGAGGAGGAGGAGACAUCGUCCCUCCCUCCUGGAGCCGGAGGAGGCAUGAGGAGGAGAGAACGGAGGAGGCUCUGAGGCUCGCCGCUGAAGACAAGGAUGGCUCCGUUCUUCGCCGCGAGCACUCUCGCGGGCGUACUCCGCCCUCUGCUCGCGCUUCUGCUCGCGCUUCUGAUCGGCUGCCCGCGAGCUAUACAUGCGGAACAAGUCGUUCUCCUGGACACAACGACGGAGGCGAAGCUCGAGUGGACGAGGUAUCCCUAUGGACCGCAAGCAAGCACUCCUGGCUGGGUGGAAGAGUCAUUCACAAACUUCGACAAGGGCAUCAAUUGGCGGAGUUACGUCGUCUGCGACGUUGCUUACAACAACGUGAACAAUUGGCUCUGGACGCCGUUCAUCGAGAGGGGUCCGGCGAAUCGCAUGUACAUAGAAAUCAAAUUCACGACACGAGACUGCUCGUUGUUCCCUGGAAAUGCUCUUAGCUGCAAGGAGACAUUCAGUCUUCUCUACUACGAGUUUGACGCUGCUACGAAAGAGCCACCACCAUGGGAGCCGGACAGUUAUAAACUCAUCGGACGAAUAGCCGCUGGCGAGGGUAGAUUCAACACGAAUACGGAAGUGGUGAUAAACACCGAAAUAAAGUCCGUACCAGUUACGAAGAAGGGCGUGUACUUUGCCUUCCGUGAUCAAGGUGCCUGCAUCUCGCUUCUCGCUAUAAAGGUUUAUUACAUUAGCUGUCCGGAAAUCUCGGUGAACUUCGCUCAUUUUCCGGCGACACCAACCGGCCGCGAAGUUGCCUUGGUCGAACAAACGAUCGGCACCUGCGUCGCGAAUGCUGUUAAGAUCGAGACACCGACGUUCCUUUGCAAGGGUGAUGGUAAAUGGUAUCUACCAAGUGGUGGAUGUCAUUGCAAACCUGGUUACCAAGCGGACAUUGAAAAGCAGCAGUGCAUUGAGUGUCCAAUCGGUAGAUUCAAGCAUGAGGCUGGACCCCACAACUGCGAGCUGUGUCCUACUCAUAGCAAAUCGACCGAUCAGGCUGUCACCGAGUGCCGGUGCGAUGCCGAUUAUUACAGAGCUACUGAUGAUCCCAAGAAAAUGCCUUGCACGCAACCACCGUCGGCGCCUCAGAACUUAACCGUCAAUUUUGUGGACCAAUCGACGGUGAUCCUUUCAUGGAACGCACCGCACAAACUCGGUGGUAGGACCGACACAACGUAUAGGGUCGUUUGCGAUGCUUGCAGUAUGGGUGUUAAAUAUAUACCUAACACGGAGAUCUUCAACGAUACGAAGAUUACGAUCACUGGCUUAAAUGCUGUCACUACUUAUCGUUUCCAAGUGUUCGCCGAAAAUGGUGUGUCCGCACAGGCUGGUAAGUCGGAAUACGUGGACAUCACGGUCACUACCGAAGCGAGUGUACCAAGUUUGGUGAGCAAUGUUAGAAUCACGAGCGUCAAAAGUUCCGAGCUGAGCAUUAGUUGGGAUGCACCGGUCACGGAAGUAGGUGGAGAUAGCGAUCACGUCGAAAGAUACGAAGUGAGGUGUUAUCCGCGCUUCGACGAUGCCAUUAACGCCACUGUGAUCCAAACUUCAGAUCUCUCUGCCACUUUUAAAGGCCUAAAACCAGCAACGGAUUACGCGAUUCAGGUUCGAGCUAAAACCACACGUGGCUGGGGCGAAUAUACUCCUGUUAUCUACAAAAAGACACCGCACGCGAUGGGACUCGAUUAUGUCGGUGAAGAUGACAAUAUGCAAGUCAGAAUAAUUGCCGGUGCAGUAGUUGCAGUUGUCGUCCUUCUUGUUAUCAUCAUCGUCAUGACCGUUCUCUUCCUGAGAAGAAACCCUUUACAUUUAAACCCAUACGCUUCACUCGACUCGACUCAUAUAAUGCAAUUUCGAUGCAGCAGGGCCUCAGACGAGUGUAACAAGAAACAGCCGAGCGAUUGCGACACCUUGGAAUACAGAAACGGCGAAGGACUAGUUGUGACCUACAUGCACUGCAAAAUGGACAGUUCACCGAUUGUGACAACCCACACCAACAACAAGAGCAAGUCGUCGCUGACGACGCCGCUGUUCACGCCUGCAGUGGGAGUAACUGGAGCGGGUGCUGGAGGUACAGGUGGAACCGGUGCUAGAAGCUACGUUGAUCCUCACACCUACGAAGAUCCAAAUCAGGCUGUUCGAGAAUUUGCUAGAGAGAUCGACGCUGGAUAUAUCACGAUAGAGGCCAUAAUCGGUGGUGGUGAAUUCGGAGACGUUUGUCGUGGUAAAUUGAAACUACCACCAGAUGGUCGAACUGAAAUCGACGUGGCCAUAAAGACAUUGAAACCUGGCUCUGCUGACAAAGCACGGAACGACUUUCUAACGGAAGCUUCGAUAAUGGGUCAGUUUGAGCAUCCCAAUGUGAUAUUCCUUCAGGGUGUCGUGACAAAGAGCAAUCCAGUGAUGAUCAUCACCGAAUUCAUGGAGAACGGAAGUUUGGACACUUUUCUUCGAGCGAACGAUGGUAAAUUCCAAGUGCUUCAGCUGGUCGGUAUGUUACGUGGUAUAGCCAGUGGUAUGCAGUAUCUCGCUGAAAUGAAUUACGUUCAUCGUGAUCUCGCGGCAAGAAAUGUCCUAGUGAAUGCUGCUCUGGUUUGUAAGAUAGCUGAUUUUGGACUGAGCCGAGAGAUUGAAAGCGCGACAGAGGGCGCAUAUACGACCAGGGGCGGUAAGAUUCCGGUACGAUGGACAGCACCAGAGGCAAUAGCAUUCCGUAAAUUCACUAGCGCCUCCGACGUCUGGAGUAUGGGCAUCGUUUGUUGGGAAGUCAUGUCCUACGGCGAGAGACCAUAUUGGAAUUGGUCCAACCAAGAUGUGAUAAAGUCGAUCGAAAAAGGAUACAGACUUCCAGCACCGAUGGACUGUCCCGAAGCAAUCUAUCAGUUAAUGCUCGACUGUUGGCAGAAAGAACGAACUCAUCGGCCUACCUUCGCCAAUCUCACUCAGACAUUGGAUAAACUCAUACGGAGUCCGGACACUUUGAGGAAAAUCGCUCAAAACAGAAUCAGGGAACGGGGUGCUCCGCCCCCACCCCCACCCGCCACAUCGGCAUCUUCCAACGUGCAUUUGAGAAAAAGGGGCACCAAUCCACUGGCGCCGGACGCGGUGGACUUGACGCAGUUGACCUCGGUCAGCGAGUGGUUGGCCUCGAUCAAAAUGUCUCGAUAUGCUGAAAGUUUCGAGAGGGCAGGAGUGACCACGUUGGAGGCAGCAGCUCGCGUUACCGUUCAAGAACUCACCGCACUUGGUAUAACCCUGGUCGGUCAUCAAAAGAAGAUCAUGAACAGUGUGACGGCGUUAAGAGCGCAAAUGUCCGCCACGUCGCAGAGCUUUCUCGUUUAGGAAAGGAAAAAAUGGAGGGAAAGAAAGAAGGGUAAAAGAAAGAAAUCAAACUUUUCGGUAGAGAAACGAGAGUGUCUCGAUCGUCCUCCUGCAUGAAAGCAGGAAUUUUCAGCUUUCUAUAAACGACAGGUCUGGAUCAUGGACGUCCUCUCAAAGAGGAUAGCAAAUUUUUCCUCUUCGUCUCGCGAGCGUUCGUGAAAACGAAGUCAAAGUCGAGUGAUAACGAGAGACAACUUUCUCUUUCUCUCGAUGGAGACCUGACAUUUUAAUUCUCGAUAUUAGAAUUAGGAAGACAUUCCAGCGAGUAGUCCCGCUUGAAAAAAAAAUAUAAGAAAGAAAGAAAAUUGGCCUCUCCGCAAAUAUCUUACCAACCAUUUAUAUUCCAAGGCGAUCGAUGUAUCGAUCGGAUCUUUCCUCUUCGAACAAAUAUGUACGUACAUAUAUUAUAUAUAUUAUAUAUACGUACAUAUAUAUAUUAUAUAUAUAUGUACAUAUUAUAUAUAUUAUAUAUAUAUACGUACAUAUAUGUAUAUUAUAUAUAUACAUACAUACAUAUAUAUAUAUAUAUAUACAUAUAUAUAUAUACUGUAGGCGUCGAUUAAGAUUUGUCCUUGACAUAAUACGACGAGGAUUUAAGCGAAAACUAUAAUGAAGGACGAUUGUAUUGCUCGCAAGGAAAAGGAAAGAGAGAGAGGGAGAGAAAGAGAGAGAGAGAGAGAACGAAUUCAUUCGAAUUCCUUUCGGAAAAUACGCAAAGGAAAAAAAAGUUAAGCGCAUCCUUUCGCUUUAUUCCUCGUUCUUGCGAUGAAUCGUCACGAGAUCAUCAGACUGAUAUAAACGCGACAAGAACUAGCCGCAAUAGCGUGCAUGCAAUCCACUGCCUUAAAAAGCCGUUUUGCGUCGUCGACUCCCUCGCAUAAAAAGUAUAGAAAGAGAAAAAUUGAGAAAGCGAAAAAGAGAAAGAGGGAGAGAAAGAGAUAAAGAGAAAGAAAGAGAGGGAAUAUACGCGCGUGAAAGCACGUCCGCCAUAAUAAUAAUUCUUAAAAAUUCUUCGAAGGAUCUGUCAUUCGAAUUUCCCGCCACAAUAUUGCGACGCCCUUCUUUUGACCAUCAUAUUUUCUUUCCUUUCCAUUUUUCAUUUGUUUUCUUCUCAUUUAUUAUUUUUGUUUUUUUCCUUUUAAUUUCAAUAAUUUUAACGUGCGUGAUCCUGGAUUCUUUAUAAUACGAGCUCUGAAAAUAUACGGCCUAAUGAGUUUACAUACAACGGAUAAAAGAGUACCACUUUGAUGGUAAAUCAAUAAAAGUACCACCAUUUGAUGAUAAAUGAAUGAAAAAAAUAAGAAUACAAAGGAUCGACAGUCGUAAGAAAACACUGCCUUUCUUUUUUUUUUACUUUUGUAUAUGUAUAUAUAUAUAUAAAUAUAUAUAUUUGUAUUUUGGUAUAUACGCAUGUACUUUUUAUAUACGUAUUACGGACAAACGGUCUAACUAAUUAAUUAGAACAAAUGGUUAUAAGGUACUUUGAUGAUCAUUCACGUUCGUUUCUUCACUGAUUUCGCUGCUGCUGCCUCUUCUUCUUUUUCUUUCCUUAUUCUCUUUCCUUAUUCCAUUAAUGAGAACGUAUAAAAACGAGGAAGAGAAACGAUCAUAGGAGUUCAUAUUCGAAGUAUUAUUUUCUUGUAACGUAAAAAUGAUUAUAUUGUUUUUUUAGCGAUAAAGAAAGAAAAAGAAAGAAAAAGAAAAUUAGAAAAGUCAAUUAUAAGCCAUUCCUCAUUAAAAUGGCUUAUAAAUUGCUAAUCAUAACGACGUUUGCUCGACUCGCUUAAAAAAAAGAAAAGAAAGAAAUAAAAGAAAUGACGGCAUCGUGUUGUCGCUUUUACGAAGCGAUCGCGUGCGAGUAUGUUUGUUUAAAUGUUUGUUGUGUGUAUGUGUGUAUGUGUGUAUGACGCGAGCGAGAGCAUUUUCUUCAACGUGCAAACAAAACGGCUAAUGACGAUGACGACGAGAUAGAAACGGAAAAAGUGAAAUGAGUUUCGAAAUUAUUGUAAAUUUUUGCGUAUGAAAGAAGGAAAGAGAGGGGGAAAAAGAAAGAUGGAGAGAUAAAGAAAGAAAAAGUGAAAGGAAGAUGAUAAAAGUUUCUUGCCUUUGCGUUACCUAUAUGAGUAUAUUGUAUAUGCCUAAUUAAUCGGUCUGUAAAGUAGGUGAUACCUAUCGAGAGUAUCAAAAAUGCGAAAGAAAUAUAACAAAAAGAAAAGAGAUAGUAAUAUAUGUGCCAAGGUGAGCGCGCAAGAACCUUCACUCGCGAAUGAUAUGACCUUAUAUGGAGCGUGUGCAUGUGCGUGUACCUGUACGUAUACGUGUGCGUGUGCGUGUGCGUGUGUGUGGACAUAAUAAAAAAGAAAAGAAGGAAAAAAGCGAAAAGAGAAAACAAGAUUGAGGAAAAAUAAUAAAGAGAGAGAGAAAGAGAGCAAGGAACCAUGGGGACGACUCUAUCGCGGUACGAAUGACGAUGCUAAAAAAAACGAUGUUGUAUCGUCAUCAAAAAAAACCCGAUCAUUAGAUCUUUUUAUGCUAACGUGUAAAGAGAAAAUAGAUUAGGAAUACGGACUCGUCCAUCUUUAUACAUACAUGCAAACGACCGUAAGACAUGUGCAGAAAAAAAGAAAAGGGGGAAAGAAGUUAUUGUCAAUUUGCGAUUCCGAAGAUAAUAAACAGUCUGCCCCUCGGUGUAACGUUAACAUAUCAACGAAUAUCUAAAGAAUAAUAAGAAAAAGAAAAAAAAAGAAUGAAAAAUACUAACAAACAAACUUAAACGAAACAAAAGGAGAAUUUAAAAUCCACGAUAUCGUCCAUGAGAAAUAUCGUCGGAGGAUGGAUAUACUGGCCAACGAGAAACAACGCGGAACGUAUUACCGAAAUUAUUCUACGGUGAAAACGUUCGACGAGCUAUCACUUUAUCAAUCUUCAGUAGAGGGUAUCAUAAAAAAAAAAGAAAAAAGAAAAACGAAGAAAAUGCGAAAGCCUAAAAUUUUCUCGUACCGCUUUUUUUAAUUUCCAUCGUUCCUUUGACUUAUUAUAUUUGUUUUUGUUUUAUAUUCGUUUGAUUUUUUUCGUUACCUAUUUUCUUCAAUCAUAUUUCUUCUUCGUAUAGAAUGACUCUUCGCGAUAAGGAACGCGCGAAGGUACGCAUCCAGCCUAACUUUCGUCGCGGAACAACGACCAUUCCAAAUCCACUUAUAUAUACACCUGACAAAUUAAUCCUAAAAAAGAAGCGAAACAUUAAAGAAAAAAACAAAAACAACAACAAAAGAAACAGAAUAUUGAGAGUGAUAAAAGACAGAGAUAAAGAUAAAGAUAAAGAUAAGAGAUAAAGUUCGUUCUCAUGCGAAGGAUGGCCUGUAUCUUGUUACACCCACAUUCGCUCGACUCUAAAAAGACUGCUACCCCUUCAUUAACCUCCCCCGGCGCGCGACAACCGCGAUAUCCGGCUAAUUGUCCUUCUAAUCGGCGAUCUUAUCAUUGUCGCCGAAAAAGAAUAAAAAAAAUUAAAGAGAGAGAGAGAGAGAGAGAGAGAGAGAAGACCAAUAAUCGCCAAUGAGAGAAAGAAUAGUGAAAAAAAAACGAGAAAAAGAAGGAAAAUAAAAAUCCGCGUGCGUCGCACGACUUCCAUGAGACAAAGUUUAAAGCCGUGCCACGGGACAUUCUUUUUUACUCUUUAUUUAAUGAAUUCUAACUAGUAAGGUAGUGUUGUCGGCGUCGAAGCAACGUUGGGUUAUGUCUUGAAAUCGAUGUAUACAAUAAAAGGAGUUUUAAAAUGAUGGAUCGACGAAAAUUAGCGUCUCACGCACGGUCGUCCUCUUCGGUUUUUCUUGCAUCAUCUUUCUUAUUCGAGGAUAGCCCAGCGAUGCUUCCGUUUAAUGGAAUAAGUGAUUUUAAUCGAGAUCGUUCGCUUCACGUUAGGUAAAUGAAAUGAGAAAAGGGAAAAACGAGUAUCACGAAGAUUGAACUCCCCUUGAGAUUUAUUUCUGUUAUUCGUCCCGCAACAGAUCUGAUAUCUGAAGCACGUCUUUAAAAACAUCGUGACUUAGAUAAUCGAGAAACAUCACGGAUCACAAAUGCCCGAGAUAGCUCUAUUUGUUUUUUUUUCUUUUUUUAUAUAUUUUGUAUUUUAUUUUUGUCUUCUUCUUAAGGGGGGGGGGGAGGAAUAAGGAAUUACUCAAAAUGGCGACGAUUACGAAGCAAUAAAUGAAUACACGCAAAUGCAGAUUUUUAUAUAAAGAAUGUUAACAAAUUUCAAAAGAUAUUAAUUAUCAAUAGCGCUAUCUUCCUAAAUGUUCGUAUUAAAAGUUAGCAAAAAGUAAGAUAAAAAGUAAGAGGCGGUGAAAAUGAGAAGUACCGCGGAACGACGUUCCAAUUAGGCCAAGGGCGACGCGAAGGGCCUUUAAUUAAUUUGUUCUUGUCCUCGCCCUUGGCCGGAACGACGUCAACCGGUAAGUUUUAAGAAUUUUGAGCUGUAACUAUUUGUGUCUAGCGGCGAAUGAAUGAGUGCGACCUGAAGUUUUGAGAAUGUCGAUAGUUUCAGUGAAUUAUUAGAUUUCAUAGAUCUCUAUCAAUAUUAUACGAUUCGUAGAUGCGAGACGAGAGAGAGGAUAUUAGUUAGAGCAGGAAAAUCUCUUACAUAUAACUUUAACCGAUUUUCCUUUCAUCACCCUUCGAUAUCCCUGUUAUCGUAAAAGAAAAUGGGUAGUUUCCUUUCGUAGAUCCGACUCGUUUUUCUCUCCCAAUAUCAUGAGCUACACUUUCAAAGCUUUUGGAUCGUACUUCAUGUUACAUAUUUUGGUUAUUCUCGUAUACGUGUAAAGCUUUCUAAGAACAAGUCUGGAAUUAUAGAAAUCGAUAAAAGAAAAAAAAAAGUGAGUGAUAGGGGAAAAAAAUAUUGCUUGAUAAAAAUUCUUUAAUUUCUUUGUAAAUUCUUCGGUUUCCUUGAUGUUUUUUUUUCAGUUUCUUUUUUAUCUAAUAUUUUUUUUAUUAACCGUUUUUGAUUAUCCGUACCGAAGGAACGGACAAAAUAACAGGCGAAAAAAUCAUUGAACUCUCCGCACACCUUUUAUUACUUAAUUUUUUAUCGAUUAAUGCAUCUGUAUAACUAUUUAUUAAAAAAAAAAAAAAAAAAAAAAAACUUAUUUAUUGUUUAGAGAUCUGACUAAAUUAAAAAAAAAGUUCUAAUUAUCAUAGGUAUUAUCUAUUAUUGCUAGUACGAAAGUAUGAAAGGAGUAAAAUUAUCUGUUUAUGUUAGAGUUUUCGAAAACUCUGCCGUGUAAAGUAACGAAUUACAAUACGACGAUCGACGAUCGUUGAGUCUAUAAGCAGCUAUAUUAUUAAUUAAUUAAGCGUUAUUUAGGCGACUUAUGUGCGCGUUGUUUAAUUUUUUACUUUUUACAACUCUCUUUUUACAGCGAACUUUGUCAAAGUACCUGCUUCGAAAACGAUAAAAAUAAAAAAAGUAAUAAAAUCCGUGAAAACAAAGCACACAGGUACCGUCCCAUAUAUUAUAUAUAGCUUAUCUACACAUACACAGACGCAAUAAUUUAUGUAUACUCGACAAGCUGAGUUUUUUAUAAAAUUGGUUAAGCAAAUCGCCUGCGUGUGUCUUCGAUUCAUUGUAUAAAACAAAACGACUAAACGCAAAGAGAAGCAAGCAGAGAGUUACUGCCAACAAAUUUUGGGAUGUGUCAAAAACAUUUUUCCUAUGGUGUUGUCAAGACGAUGUUGAAUGUACAUAAGAUAUAAUAAAUAAUAUACCUUAUACAAUGUAA